UCUUUUGGAAAAAUAACAUGAUUGAUUACGAGUACAAGACGUUAUAUAAAGUGAAGUUAGUUUAAUUUACUCGUUAAAUAAGUUGAAAAUAAUUGAAUUUCGUUGAGUAAUUCUCCUCAAGUUAGUGUUGUGUAUGAUAUACAGUAAAAGAAGGAUCUGCAGUUGAAAUGCCUUCAGUAGAACCGAUUUCAAGUUGGGCUGAUGAAGCCGAGGCAGAGAUUGAAGGAAAGAAGCAUUUACCGCCUUCCUCCGAAAUCAUCCAAAAUGAUCACAAGAUCAUCACCGAAUACAGAUACAACGAAGAUGAUAAACUGGAAAAGGUAGUUCGUACCUUUAAAAUUGAACGUCGUGUAGUAUCUAAAUCUGUUGCUGCUCGUAAAUUGUGGAAAAAAUACGGCGAAUCUUCGAAUGACAAACCCGGACCAAAUCCGUCAAACACAUUCGUUGGUGAAGAGGUUCAAAUGCAGUUCAUCACCUGUAAAGAAGACGCCGAUAAACCGGAUGAAAAUCCUUUGGAGAAAUUGAAAGAACAAAAAGGUUUGGUGAAAUGCCGAACAUGUAAUGGAGACCAUUGGACUUUGAGCUGUCCGUACAAAGAUAUGAUGAAACUCAAACCGGACGAAAAAUUACCACCACCUAGUGGCGGAGGUGCCUCCGAAGAUAGAAGUAAAUCUGUCAAUAAAUACGUUCCACCUUCGCUUAGAGAAGGGGCCAAUGCCAGGCGUGGAGAUAGCUUGAAUAGUAAAGGUUACGAUGCAUUAGCUAUCAGAAUCAGUAAUUUAUCUCCGAAUACGUCGGAUCACGAUUUAGAAGAGCUCGUCAAACCUUUCGGAGCUAUUUCGAAAUUAUAUCUUGCUAAAGAGAAGUCCACUGGGUUAUGCAGGGGAUUUGCUUACAUUCACUUCAAAUCGAAAACCGAUGCUCAUGUAGCCAUUAACAAAUUAAACGGUUACGGUUACGAUCAUCUAAUUUUAAAAGUGGACUGGUCCAAACCGACAAACAACUGAAAAUGUACAUUUAAUAACUUCACUCUGAAGCAUCUUAUAUUUAUUUUGAAAAUAGAGUUAUUAGUUAUCAAAAUGUUGAAGUUAUUAUCUUUUUUCAACACAUAUUUGCAUAUAUCUUCAGAAAAUUUCGGUUAUAGUUCUCGAAUUUUUUCAUUCCGAUGUUGUAAAUGAAAACGCGAUCGAUAUUUUUAUUUAUCCUUGUCACAGUUUAAUUAUCAUCAUGAUUGUGUACAUAGUUUUUCUGUUCCAAAAUAAACCUGUUUCAAACCGUC